CAAGCAUUGAUCCAGAUACUAUCAUUGAGACCGUCAGUUAUAUCUUAGUAACCAAUAUCUAUGGCCAACUGUUCUUCAUCUAUUGCUGCAGAUACUAAAACAACCAAUAUGGCCGCUGAUCAUCUCUCUAAAACAAGCAAAACAAGUAAAGCCCAUGAGGGUUCUUUAGAUUUCGACAACUAUCAACCAGUGAUAGCGUCGCAUAGAGUCAGAUGUCAAGAUGCAAAGCCGAAUGACACAUCAUCAUCAUCAGUGCAGCAGGAUGCUUUGCAACUGAUGCCAAAGAGUCCAAUUCAGCAAGAGGAAUCUGGCCGAGAAAAACUGUUUCGGCAUUGGAAUGAAGUGGCUGGAAGAGUUUGCAUACCCGAAAUCUGGGGUCAGGAGGCUUUUCUGAAUGAUUGGAUGGAUUGUUCUUUGUUUGAUUCGUUGCUUGCUCCCAAAGGAGCUGUUUCAGCUCGUGAAGCACUGAUUGCUGAGAGAAAACGAGACAGCACGAGACACUUGAUGAAAAUGGAAACCAGGGGGAACAAUUCAUCUGUAAGGCAGGGAAGUGGUCGAUCUGGUGAUCCUAAACCAUCUAUCGAUGCAUAUACAAAAUACUGAAGUAUUUCUUUUCUUUUCUUUUGCCCUUUUCUUUGUUCUCAAUUUGAAAGAUGGUGUAUCUAAUUCGACUUCCAAGGGACUGAUGCAGGAAUGGUAUUUAUCUUGAAAAUUAUCAAA